CCGCGCUUCCCGUGAUGUCACCGAUUAGCGCGUUUUCGGCUUACGCGUUUCCAGACGCCUGGCCACCACCCCGUUUCAGCGGCGAUGCCUAACGAGACAUAAACAUUCAAGAUGGUCGUCCUCAACUUCACGCUGACGCCCGAGGCGGCGUCAAAGGUUCAUGACCUCCUUGUGUGCCUGGGGAAGUUUAGCGAAACGGUCGCCAUCGAGGCGCGUCGAGAAAGAUUCACGUUCACCGCACUCAACUCGUCCAAAUCAGCAUACUGCGCCGUGACUCUGGACGGCAAGCAGUUCUUCAGGCAAUAUGAAUGCAUUCCGGAUGCUGGCGGCACAGAUGGACGCUUCUCGUGCAGUAUGUAUACGAGGGCCUUGCUAUCCGUCUUCAAGGGACGGUUGUAUGAUCCGCUAGGUCGAGAUGGAGCAGUUGAGCGCUGCGAAGUCAGUCUGCAAGAUCAAGACAAUGAAGCCUACUGCAGGUUCAUCAUCAAGAUGGUCUGCAACCAGGGUGUCACCAAGACAUACAAAUUGACGUAUGAGGCUGUCGAUGUCAUGCAUGCGCUCUUCGACCGCAGUGUGGCGCAAAACCGGUGGAGCAUGCACUCCGGUGCCACCAGAGAGUACAUCGAGUACUUCGGCACAAAGACCGAGUUGCUGGACAUCUUCACUGGAGAGGAUGGGCGAUGCGUGUUCAAGAGUUACACCGAGAAGAUCUCCGAUGGCAAAGAAAUUUUGAAACAUCCACUCGUCACCGCAGUCGCAGUCAACACUUCUGAUUUUGAAUACUUCAACGUCCAAGCAGGUUUACACAUCGUUAUCAGCGUAAAGGACUUCAAGGCCAUCGUCCUGCACGCAGAUACCCUCAAAACCAGUCUCAAAGCGUACUACUCACAACCGACGCGGCCACUGCAAUUCAGCUAUGGAUGUGACGGUCUCGUGGCCGAGUUCACUCUCAUGACAUCUGGCGACUAUACUGGAGCUCCGCCUACCCCCACGCCAGCACCCCAACAGCAUACAGCUACGCCGCAACAAAGCAGACAAGCCUCCCACUCGCCAUCAGCCGCAUCAGAACGCACAGAUAUGCGCAGCAUGCGCUCAGAGAUGCCGCCACCAGUCCAGCCAGCCUCACGACGUGACCAGAACGGCCGAUUACGGAACCCAGGCUCACGACAGCCCUCGUCUGCACCUUCGCAGUCCCAGACAGUGCCGCCACAGGCAGAACCGGAGGACGAAGAGAGCUUGUUCGUACCACACAACGAUACGAGGAUGCAAGAGGAAGAAGAUGCGGCGUGGGCGCCGAUGGACUACGAUAAAGAGGAGACGUUGGGCUGGGAUGCAAGUGCAGAUCAUGAUGCUGCAGUCUUUCCCACGUUCCGCGACAGCGGUAGUAUGUCGAGAACGACUACGACGGAUAGCAACAUGGUGAUUGAGCCCACGCAGAGAUUGUCGGAGAUCACAGGGUUGUGGUAGAUAUGAUGCUCUUAGAAUGAGGUGCAGAGAAGCAAAGUUAUAUCAAUGAUACCAUGCAAGAG